UGCAGAACAGAUUAAUAAUGGAGCAAUGGCAGCCGGGGACAAUUGCUAAAUUGUUAUUUGGAUUUUGAAAGGAUGUUUCUAUAACACUCAAAGCAUGGAGGAUGCAUUCAAUUGGGAACAAUGGUUCACCAGCGCAACAAGUACUAAUCCUGCAGCCGGAUCAUCACCUCAGAUAGAAGCCUGCUAAAUCUUCCUAUCAGGGGAGUCUGGGGGCCACUAAUUAUAAGUUGAAUAUUUACUUCUUAUCUCUUAGGACGCUUCUUUUAGUCUUGCGGCAUUCGUCGCUUCGGUUUGCUUCAACAGACACCGCGUCCAUUUCAGCUGUCUCCUCACGUUCCAUUCUUACAUUGCACUCAGUAGAUUUAUUCUACUCCACCCUGACAGCUCCCACACAUAAAAAGAAAACUACCACGGGAUUCCGGCACUAAUAAUGGACCUUAUCACACCGCCAAUGGUGCGAUUCGAAAUGCUGGAUACGGGUUGCAGGGUUCCGUUCUUCAGCAAGCAAGUCGGUUCGAGGCACGGCCGCACGGGACGAGGCUGGCGUUUGGAAAGCCGUGCGAGAGGCCGCGGGGGAAGAGUCCAAAAGCUCUAGCCCUGCCAUACCUGACAAUUCUAUUCAAUGGGGGCCAAAUAGUGUGGAGAAAAAUGAUGGAAACAGGCAACUGACGAUCGAGGAUUAACCUCGCUAGAUACACGCCUCGGCAAGGUCUGGAUAACGCACAACCUACGAAAUGAAAGGGUCAUGAUUGCUCCUCGGCAACGUUUUCUCCGUUUCGUCGGUCAGAGAAUCAAGUAUGGUGGCGUUGAUAUACGAGGCUUCACUUCCUGCGGAAACCCUUUCAAUCAUAAAUGACAACUCUGUGUGCGCAAUUGUGCAGUUGGGAUUACACCUGCAUUAUCCCCAUGCACAUCCUAGAUGCAACCAAGGCGCGUGCCAAUUCAACUAAAAAGCGCUGCCGGCAUAUCCCUCGUGGCUUGGCCUAGAGCAGUGACCAACGAAUCCAGUCAACCAAGGAGGAUCCACAGAAAAUCCCCCAAAGAGUAAUUUUGUCCUCCCAAUAACGUCCUUGCAGCUUGCCAACCCAGUCAGUCGCCAAUAAUAAUAUUUCUUGGGCCGCCCAGGACGGUGUCCCCGACGGUUAGGCGUGGAAACCCGAUACGCCACUAGUAGAUACGCGAAGAACCCCGCUAUUACGAAGAUUCUAUCAGGCCUCGAGCGGGGAAAUUAUUCAGGGGAUCAGGCACCCCGCUUGGUAUAUAACUGUUGAUAUUGACAUGGCAUGUAGGAUUCAGCCCGUAACCUGCUUGCAAUGGAGGCUUGAGCCUCAGGACCCCAGCUUUCGAACAGAAAUGCCUGAUUUCGGACCUGGUGUAUAAUUCCGGGGGUAGGGCCUUGCAGCAAUCCAAGUGGAGGGAUGAGGCUAAACUGGGCACUUGCCUUGGUGAGCACUUCCAUUUUUAACACCACCUCCAAAAUCACUUCGGAAAUGUUCACGGCUCCUGGAACGGGAACAAGCAUUUGCCAUAUCCGAGCCAUUCCAAGAUAUGCCCUGCGCACAAAUUGCUUAGUGAACCUUGUCAUCUUUCCUGCCUCGUCUGUCCGCACAACCGGCCCGUCCCGGACCCCGGCUUUCAGCUUUUUCACCAGAACGAGGAUGGAAAACAUGAAGCAUACCAUCUUUUGCCACCGUGUAGUGACAACGCAUUCUGAUGAUAUCGAUAGCGAUUCCAAAGUUCCCGCUCUUCUUGGCCCCAGUUCUUGGGUAGCAAUGGACCUAUCUACAACGUUCCAUUGCCCUCGGUGUUCGGUAUGUCUACUCAACGAGAAUGCGGGCAUACCCAGUUUUUAAAAUUCCCUCAGGAAUACGAUUUCUAUGGAGACGCCAUAUUAGGCCUCGUCCAAUGAAAUGCAAUAUAUCCAAUCUGUUUCCUCUGCAGAAUAAAUACUCCGUCCAGCUGAACUGCUCUGGUGCAUUAUCCGAACCGAAUUCCUCUCCAACACGGACGUUACAUACACAAAGUGCUAUUCCUGCCACGCUUCCGUCUGGGAAAUGCAGCUGCGGCCCAUCAGGUCUUCAUAUGACAAUAUCAGAAACUAAAGGUGCGCUUACUAAAGCACGGAUUUGUGAUACACCCCCCUGCUGUGAAGUUCCAGACUCGCAAGGGAAUGGCCUUUUCUGUGGCCUCAUAUACGAGAAUCAAAGUUUAUUCACCCCCACUUGUCGCCUGAAUUUUGGAUGUCAACUUAGAAGCCUGGAGUUCCGCAUUUGUGGUUAGCCGCCUUUGGGACAUCCUAACAUUUCUGCCACCGCUUCACCACGCCUUGCCCAAUUACCAAACAAAGUCGGCGCAGUGAAAUGUUGGAAUUGUGCAUCGGAGUCUUGAGCGUUUGUCCAACAAGACGUCGAGCAGGUAAGUCAGGAGAAGGUUCAAGGUCGUGGUGCUAUUGAGCCAACCAAACGAGCUGAACUUAUCAAUCGAAAGUUGGCACAUCACCACGACUCCAUUCCAUUCUAAAUGUUCGCGACGCGGAUGAUUUCCAACGCACAGGGAUCUUCAGCUCCGCUUUCUACGCUAUCCGGGGAAUUUACCUAAUAUUCGCUAUUUCCAAUUUCUAUGCCGCUCGUUGUUUGUGGUAUCUCGAACCGUCUCUCCGAAACCGUAUGCGCUAGUCCCGAGAUGCAGUUCUCUGCCACGCAAGGAACUGGUCUAAGAUUCUUACCUUCAUCUCUCCUGGUUUUGUUCUUCAACCGUCAUCUGCUUUUAGCUAAUUAGGGGGUACAUUUGAGCAUGCGUACCCUCAAGUUACCAGGUUUCCGUUUUGAAGGUUCCCUGCAGCUGUAACCCAAUAUCUGGUAUGGGAUCAUAUCGAUGUCUUGGUGGAUUAGGCCCCACCUUCUCGUACAGCAAGGGGUUGCGUAUUGAGGGCUGGUCCGGUGAAAUGGUAACGGAAAUGCAAUAUCAAUAUCUACCGUGCUCAUUAAACUGGUCGUAUAAUACCCUGUUAUUAUCAAUCGCUGGAAUUAUAUGCCAUCUUCCUCAACUUAAAAGGCCCGAAGUCCGCGUGCCUGGACUCUCUUGUCCGACUGGAAAUCAUUCCUCUCAUUCUCUCAUUUCUUAGAGGAGAUAUAUGCAAUAUUUCGAUUAGCAUUGCCAUUCCGAGAAGUUUCUUCAACUCUAAGGAAGUAUGGCACACUUCCCGCGCAUCAUUGCCACCUUGUGGCUAUUGGUGCAACUCACGGGUGCAAUUCCUAGGCCGGAAUUACAACCUAUCCCUCGCUCCCUAUGGGACGGCACCUCGGAACCAAACCUCUCAACCAGGGAGGUCGUUCAAGCUGCCGCAGUAGCGGCAAUCAAACCUGUCGACAAGGAGGAAUUCUUUUGGGCUUCAACUGAUAAACCGGGAUCGAAGGCCGUGGUCGUCAGUUUGGUGUCUUUGUCCAAGGCAUCCGAGCGUAUCAUUUCCUUGGAUAAAAUUGACUUUCUUAUUCAGUCCGCCAGCUGCAAUGCUAAGGACAUGUCCUUCAAAUUCAUUCAUCCCUUCGUCUAUGCUGCUGUCAAGAUUUACUGGGACUGGGUUAACUUCAACGAUAUGAACACUUUUGUUGUAAUCCCUAACUCCAAGAAAUGUGGAAAAGACAGAGAACAAAAUCCGUGGAUAGCCCGUCGUGUCAUAUUUGAUGACAAAAACCAAAGAGUUCGUCUUGAAGCUACCAAGAGCACAUGGAAAAAGGUAAUGCAGACUUAUACCUUGGACUUCGGCGAAGUGAUUCUUGGAUCGAAAGGCCUUGUCAAGCGCGAUAUUAUUCCAGAUCUUAAUGAGAAAUUCAGACUUGGUAUUGGAGCGACGCUGCCAACUCGAAUUUUCGGCUGGGAAGUUAACAAGGGCCCGCUCAAGGGUAACCUUACUGCCAAUUGCAAUUCCUGUGGCACCCAAGGUGCUUUGGUGUUCGCUGGCCAUGUUGAAGCCAGCCUGGGUUGGACCGGCUUUGAUAUCGACAAGUUUGAAAUUUCCGUCAAACCCGAGGGAGUUGGGGUAAACCUUGAGCUAGAGUUGCUAUUUGAUGCUCAUCUCGACUUCCGCCGUUUCGUUAAACCUUCUCAGGAGAUCAAAUUGGUGGAAAUUCCCAUCUCAGGAUGGAACAUCCCUGGUAUCUUCGAGUUUGGUCCUCGAAUUCAACUGAAUGCCGGGUAUGAGAUCAGCUAUAUCUCAGGAACUGCUUCCGCAACAGCUGGAAUUUCCGCCCGUAUUCCUGAUAGUGCUAUCGCAAAACUAGAUCUUUUAUCCAAAAAUUCCGUGCAGGUUUCUGGAUGGGCUCCGGUUGUUGAAACACAACCACUUCGAGUGCAAGCUCAAGUUGAUGCGGAGGCAUCAGUUUACACCGAGGUCGCAUUAUCAGUUAGCAUUACAGUUCUCGACGACAACGGAUUUGGCGUUGAUCUUGCCCUGAAGGUCCCGAAGGUGACUGCCACACUAGGCGCUGGUUUUGAUACCGCUGGUUUCUGCCCCAACAAGGCCAAUAUUUUUGGAAUCAAACUUGAUGUUAUGGUAGGGGCCGAUCUAGAUCUGGAAGGCUGGCGAGAAAUCGACGGCAAGAGGAAAACUCUCUUCAACGUAGAUAUCUUCGAGAAGCCAGAUAUUUUCGUUUUCCCCCAACUAUGUCUCGGCUUCGAUGAUGUAGCUCCAGGGUAUUGCCUCGGCGGUAAGAAGGAAGAGGACGACGAGGACGACGAUAAUCACCCAGGCCAUUACGUCCGAGGACGAAGAGCACGGAUUCCCGGAACUCUUUCUCCCCCAGUAUCUCGACGCCAAGAUCCAGACACCGGAAGGAAUCCCAUUCCGAUGAAGUGUGAUAAGAAGAAGACCGUUCAAAUUCUGAAAUAUCCAAGUCCAGUAGACUUAUCAAAAGAUACCCGCGUGCCGAUUUUCGUGCCAGACAUCCCAUGUGGUGAAGCUUCAGAGGACUGCUGGCCAAAUGCAAAUAUCAGUGUGAUCACUGUACCUCUCGAACAACGCGCCAUUGUGGAUCAGACUGGGUUACUUGACCAAGAGAAAUGGGCCUCCGAACAUGUGUAUGAGGCCAACUGGGUCCGAGACUAUCUGGAUUUCCUCCAAAAGAAACUAACUGGCUCCGUGAACGGACCUUGUCAUGCUGCUGUUGUGAGGUUUUGGGAUAAGUUGAACCCAACGUACCCUGCGCCGGGCGGAGCACCCGCGAAAGCAAGUUAUGUGGAGGCAUUGGCGCAGCAUUUGGGCACUGUAAACACUGCGUACGAACCCCGCAUGGCCAUUAUCCAGCAAAGGCUCAACAAUCUGAAAUACCUGAUGUUUGCGGAGAAAAACCUUAUCGCAGGCCGUGACGGUGUGGAAGGUCGAAGAAAGGUGAUCAACAACCAUGGUAGAUUUGUGUGCGAACUAGCUCGCAUCUCCGCCACAUGCAAGUACUUCGCACACUCCGCUGCUCAGGAGGCUUUGAAAAAGUCCAUCCUAGGGAUUGAAGAAGUCCUGGGAAUCGCGGACAAGGACAAUAAAAUGAAGGAAGCCGGCAUCUCCUUCCAACAAGUCCACAAGGAUUUCUACCAACAGUUCCACGACGCCGCCAUCAAGUGGACUCGGGACCAGCUGCAGACUUAUGCAAAAUUCUUGCUAGAAGACCCUAUCGGAAUGGAUGAGUUACCACCUGGAUUUAAGGAAGAGCUUCAGCGGAUACGGGACGAUGGGGAAUACCGGAAGGACUUGUGCCCUCAAACUAAACGCACUGGCUGGUGAUUAUGUUUGUGAGGUAGGCUCUGGCUAUAUGCCAGUUACAUUCUUUACAGGGGAGAAUAUAUAUUUCCAUGUUAUUUAGAUAGUACCUAAGAAGCAUUAUAAGCUCACACCUCCCUUUCGCGUUUGAAAUUGAUGCAUUUACCUACGCUACGUAGAUGCCCUAGUCGGACUAGUUGUAGAUCUACGGCAGCCUAUUACGGCAGCCUCCAGUGACAAAUGGGUCAGAUGAGUAUUUUAUACUAGUGUUUCAAUGAGCAUACAUCAUGAUGCUGAUUGCAUUAGCACUCAAGAUCUCCUCAUUGGAGGUUGUACAUGGGAGGGCUCUAUACCUGGGGGACUCUAUACCCGAGGGCCUCUAUACCUAGGGAGGGGGCUCUAUACACCUGAGGAUGAGGAUUCCAUAUGUUGAGAGAUCUGUGGAGUUGGAGCUCAUAGCUGAAAGCCAAGACGCACUAAAUCAUAUAUAACUAACUAGAGGUUUUAUUAUUAUGUGGAGUUUUGCUUUUACACUGAAAAACCAUUGUAUGGCAGCUGACAGUUGGGAUUGGAGAUAAUACAUAUUAGCGACGGGCUCAUUAGGCGCUUAAUUCACCAUAAAUGGUUCCCAAGACCUCCCUACACCCCACCCCGUUUACUAGCUGGUCUC